AUGGCAUCAUUUAAAAACAUACUUCCUUCCACCAUUGAUGAAUUACAAUUUAUUAACUAUUUAAAAAUCAUCAAACAAGAUGCUUUACUAAAUGAAACUAAUAUGAAACAAGUUUCGGAACAGGUGGAUCAUUUAUUCCGAUCAAUUUUAAAUCAUAUCGAUGAAGAGUUUGAGAAGGAAAUUAUUUCUUCCUCUGUAGAAGAAACCAAACUUUUCCAAUAUUCGGUACCAAAGAAAGUUCAAGGAGGUGGAUUUAUGUGUAGCAGAGUGAUGGAUGAGAAACCAUUCGAUUUGUUCGAACAGGUUUUUGUUAAAUUUAUGGAAAAUUGUGAAAAGAGAGAGUUGGCAAGAUAUGUCCACCUGUUGUACAAGUUGGUGAAUGCAAUUCAACAGCAAGUUGGUUGUGAUUGGAUGGGAAUUUAUAGAAAUUUUGAAGGGUGUCUCUAUAAGAUGAGUUAUUAUGGAAAGUAUUCGAGAGCUGAUUUUCCAAUUGAUGAGGAACAUGCAAAGAGUUCAACCAAUUCAUUUGUAGCACUGAAUAGAGUGGUUGUUACUUUGGAUGAUGUGAAUAGUGCUUCUGAUUCUGGUCAACCUUAUUAUAGCUGUGAUGUAAAAGUACAAUCAGAAUGUUGUGCACCAAUUCUGGACAUCCAAAAUGGGACAACAUUGGGCAUUAUUGAUGCUGAGGCACACAAUGCUCACUAUUUUACAUUGGAGAGGAGAAUUUUCAUUGUUCGAGCAUGCUUCCUUUUAGGAUUCAUUCUUCCAAACAAUCAUUAA